CCCGGGCCUUGUCUGGGCCAACCCGCCCGGCCCGGGGAGCGGGGCUCGGCCCGCGCUCUGGCUGCGCACCGGCACGGGAGCGGGGCCGCACAGCAGCACCGCCGGCGGCCCUGGCCGCGCUCUCUCCGUCCCAGCUGCCACAGGCGGCGGCGGGAGUCAGCGCCUUUCGCGCUACAAAAGGCCCGCAGCGCCCCGCCCGCCGCCUUGGUAGGGCCCGGCCGCCGGCGGGAGCUGCGGUGCGGCCCCGUGCGGCGGGGCGUGGCGCCCCGUGUCCCGUCAGGCGUGGCGGCCCGGCAGCAUGGCGGAACGCAAAGGCACAGCAAAAGUCGAUUUCCUGAAGAAAAUUGAAAAAGAGAUCCAGCAAAAGUGGGAAGAUGAGCGAGUCUUUGAGAUUAAUGCUUCAGAUAAACAGAACCAAAAGAGCAAAGGAAAGUACUUUGUUACCUUUCCUUAUCCCUACAUGAACGGCCGCCUUCACCUGGGACACACAUUUUCUUUAUCUAAAUGUGAGUUUGCAGUUGGGUAUCAGAGGUUAAAGGGAAAGAACUGCUUGUUUCCAUUUGGUCUGCACUGCACUGGGAUGCCCAUAAAGGCUUGUGCAGAUAAGCUAAAAAGAGAAAUGGAAUUAUAUGGCUGUCCACCUGAAUUUCCUGAUGAGGAAGAAGAGGAGGAAGAAAAUUCUGCUAAAAAAGAAGAAGAAAUCAUCAUCAGAGACAAAGCAAAAGGCAAAAAGAGUAAGGCUGCUGCCAAGACUGGCUCUUCCAAAUACCAGUGGGGAAUCAUGAAGUCUUUGGGUCUUUCUGAUGAAGAAGUCAUCAGUUUUUCUGAAGCUGAGCAUUGGCUGGAUUAUUUCCCCCCCCUCGCUGUCCAGGAUCUGAAGAGCAUGGGAUUGAAGGUGGAUUGGAGGCGUUCGUUCAUUACUACAGAUGUUAAUCCUUAUUACGAUUCCUUCGUACGAUGGCAAUUUCUUACAUUAAAGGAAAGAAAUAAGAUUAAGUUUGGGAAACGGUAUACAAUUUAUUCUCCAAAAGAUGGACAGCCUUGCAUGGAUCAUGACAGGCAAACAGGAGAGGGUGUUGGGCCUCAAGAGUAUACACUAAUAAAAAUGAAGGUGUUAGAGCCUUAUCCUGCAAAAUUAAGUGGCCUAAGAGGAAAAAAAAUCUUCUUGGUGGCUGCUACGCUCAGACCAGAGACCAUGUUUGGACAGACUAACUGCUGGGUUCGCCCAGAUAUGAAGUACAUCGGCUUUGAAACUCUGAAUGGGGAUAUUUUUAUCUGUACCCAAAGAGCUGCCAGGAACAUGUCCUACCAGGGCUUUACAAAAGAUAAUGGAGUCGUACCUGUUGUCAAGGAGCUGAUGGGAGAAGAGAUUCUUGGCGCUGCACUGUCGGCACCUCUCACUGCCUACAAAAUUAUAUACGCUCUUCCCAUGCUCACGAUCAAGGAAGAUAAAGGAACUGGUGUGGUAACAAGUGUUCCCUCUGAUUCUCCGGAUGACAUUGCAGCCCUGAGAGAUUUGAAAAAAAAACAGGCUUUGAGGGUGAAGUAUGGCAUCAAAGAUGAAAUGGUCCUGCCGUUUGAACCAGUGCCCAUCAUUGAAAUCCCAGGCUAUGGCAACCUUUGUGCUCCAUCAGUCUGCGAUGAGCUCAAAAUCCAGAGCCAGAAUGACAGAGAGAAACUUGCUGAGGCCAAGGAGAGAGUGUACCUGAAGGGGUUUUAUGAGGGAGUAAUGUUGGUGGAUGGAUUCAAAGGACAAAAAGUUCAAGAUGUCAAGAAACAUAUUCAGAAGAUGAUGGUGGACAAUGAUGAAGCCAUGAUUUAUAUGGAACCUGAGAAACAAGUUAUAUCGAGGUCUGCUGAUGAAUGUGUCGUGGCUCUUUGUGACCAGUGGUAUUUAGAUUAUGGUGAAGUGAACUGGAAGAAACAGGCAUCGGAGUGCUUGAAACAUCUAGAGACGUUUUGUGAAGAGACUAGGAGAAAUUUUGAAGCUACUCUAGGUUGGCUACAAGAGCAUGCAUGCUCCAGGACAUAUGGCUUAGGUACCCGGCUACCUUGGGAUGAGCAGUGGCUGAUAGAGUCUCUCUCUGACUCAACUAUCUACAUGGCCUAUUACACGGUGGCUCAUCUGUUACAGGGCGGUAACCUGAGGGGCCAAGGAGAAUCUCCCCUAGGCAUCAGGGCACAUCAAAUGAGCAAAGAAGUUUGGGAUUACAUCUUCUUCAAGGCAGCUCCAUUUCCUAAAACAGAGAUUCCAAAAGAGAAGUUGGACAAGCUAAAGGAGGAGUUUGAAUUUUGGUAUCCUGUGGAUCUCAGAGUUUCUGGCAAAGAUCUUGUUCCAAAUCAUCUAUCAUACUACCUCUAUAAUCACGUGGCUAUGUGGUCAGAUCAAAGAGAAAAAUGGCCUGUAGCUGUGAGAGCAAAUGGACAUCUCCUCCUCAAUUCUGAAAAGAUGUCUAAAUCUACAGGCAACUUUCUUACCCUAACUCAAGCUGUUGACAAGUUUUCUGCAGAUGGCAUGCGUUUAGCCUUGGCUGAUGCUGGAGACACUGUUGAAGAUGCCAACUUUGUGGAAGCCAUGGCAGAUGCUGGUAUUCUUCGUCUCUACACGUGGGUGGAGUGGGUAAAGGAGAUGAUUGCAAACAGAGACAGUCUAAGAAGCGGUCCUGCGAACACCUUCAAUGACAGAGUCUUUGCCAGUGAAAUGAGUGCAGGCAUAAUGAAGACAGACCAAAAUUAUGAGAAGAUGAUGUUCAAGGAAGCUCUGAAAACUGGCUUCUUUGAAUUUCAGGCAGCAAAAGAUAAAUAUCGUGAGCUGGCGAUAGAAGGAAUGCACCGAGAGUUGGUGUUUCAGUUUCUUGAAGUUCAGACGCUGCUGUUGGCUCCUAUCUGCCCCCACUUAUGUGAGCACAUCUGGUCACUGCUGGGAAAGCCUGGUUCCAUCAUGAGAGCCUCAUGGCCAAUAGCGGGUCCUGUGGAUGAGGUAUUAAUUCGUUCCUCUCAGUACCUCAUGGAAGCAGCUCAUGACCUCCGACUCCGCCUCAAGAGCUACAUGGCACCUGUGAAAGGAAAGAAAAAUACUAAAGAACCUUCUCAGAAGCCUUCUCACUGUACCAUCUACGUGGCAAAGAACUACCCGCCUUGGCAGCACACCACCUUAUCAGUUCUGCGCAAGCACUAUCAGGUCAGUGGAGGUCACCUGCCAGAUAAUAAAGUAAUUGCCAGUGAGCUUAACACCUUGCCGGAGCUGAAGAAGUAUAUGAAGAAGGUUAUGCCUUUUGUGGCCAUGGUUAAGGAAAAUCUGGAGAAGAAUGGUUCACGUGUUCUUGAUCUGGAACUGGAAUUUGAUGAACGUGCAGUGCUCAUGGAGAAUAUUGUCUAUUUGACAAAUUCCCUGGAGCUGGAUCAUAUCGAAGUAAAGUUUGCUUCUGAAGCAGAAGAUAAAAUAAAAGAAGACUGCUGUCCUGGAAAACCAUUUUCCAUAUUCAGAACUGAGCCCAGUGUGUCUGUGUUUUUGGUGAACCCUCAACCAUCAAAUGGCCACUUCUCUACAAAGAUUGAAAUCAGGCAAGGAGACAGUAGCGAGACUGUGAUCAGGCGCUUAAUGAAGAUGGACAAAGGAAUCAAAGAUCUCUCCAAAGUGAAGCUGAUGAGGUUUGAUGAUCCUGUGCUUGGGCCCCGCCGCGUUCCAGUCCUUGGCAAAGAAGCAGCAGAGAAAACGCCGAUUCUGGAGCAAGCCAUCUUCCACAUCGACCUGGACGAGAAACACGUUUGCAUUACUGAGAAUGGCCUGACAAAGGACAUUGGUGACACAAUUGUUUAUCUAGUUCAUUAAACUGGCGCAUACCUGGCUUGAUCCCUGGCAGUGAGAAAGUUCAUAGAGUGAUUUUGAAAGCAUCUGUAAUGAACAAAGAUGAGAAUUUGUUCUAUAAAAAAAGCCCACCCAAACCAACCUAAUUUUGCAUGCAAGUUCACCCCUACUCUUUUAAACGUGGAUAUAAUAAAAUUAUUUUCCUCUGGC